UGGACGGACGGACGGAUUCUCAGCCUGUCCCGUGCCUUGCAGAACUUCGAGAAAAAGGUGCAGGAGAAUGUCACCAUUAACGGGCAGCCGUGGGAGGAGGCCUCGGAUGACUCCCCGUUGCAGAACGAUUCCAGUAUUAAAAUUCUGGAGGAUCAAUUUGAUGAAUUAAUAGUAGAGACAGCAACUAGGCGUAAACAGUGGCCUAAAAAGAUCCUGGUACAUGCUAUCCAAACCAUGAAAGCAGAGCAGGAGAUGUUGAAGCUCUACCAGCCUGUGGUAAAACCUGCAGAGAUAAGACCUCAGCCUUCUCAAGAUGCUUACAUUGCAGAUCUGAAGCAGGCGACAGAAGUGGCAUCCAGACAGAUCAGCGAAGCAAUGCAGUCUAUUCCAGCACUCAUAGAAAAAGCAGAAGGUUUUUCCCAAGCAUUAACUUUGCAACCAACCUUGGAACUCUGCAAGCUGCGGCAGGAAGUAUUUUCUGGUGGCAGUGUGAAGGAGGAAAACAAUGUCCAAAAUUCAGUACCACCGGGAGAAGUCACACCAACAGGAACUGUUUCCAGUAAAAAUCCUUAUAUUUUGCUAAAAAGAAGAAAAGUUGCAGAUGCCCCCAGGAGAAGGCGUUACCCACUGCGGCCGAGGAAGAUCACUCUCAGUGCAUGAAUUUCUUUUGUGUUUUCACAUUGGAAUCUGAGUUGUACUUUUUUCCAUGUGUUCCAUCUGUUUUUUCAGAACUCAUCUCCCCUCAGUGAUAUACACAGGAGCUUCUUUAAUUAUCAGUGUUUGACCUUUUAAAUAUUUCUACUUUUGCUGACAUGAUGAUGGUAUAUGAAAGCCUACACGUACCAGUAGCAUCCAAUAUCCAGCAAGUGCAUUUGCCAUUUAACUCAGUUUAUGCUCAGUUUUUAGCUUGAGUCUUUGUGCUUCUCAGAGUUCGUGUGCCUGCUUUAUGUAUGUAGGCAGUCUUUUAGGGAACCACUGACUGCCCACUUACAUUCAGCAUGUCUCUAAGGAGGUUGGAGAAUGUCUAGUUCUCCUAAUGCACCUUCAUUAAUUACUGAGACAGGUGGCUUUUAUUUUAAUGAAUUGACACUGCAGCAUAUUGAAAUCACCAGAUUUGAUGCAAUGUUGGAGUUUUAAGGAGAAGUCCAUGAACACAUGUGACAAUAGUCCCUGCUAUUCUACCUUUUCUGAAUGUAGGUCAUCUAGGCUUACUUAUAGUCAUGUUUGUUGAAACUUGGAUUUUUAAUGAUUGUAUGUAUUUACUUGCAGUCUGCUCUUCUGAAUAGGAAUUCAAACAUCAGCAUCUUAGGGUCUGAUAUUUCAUUUAAUUUCAUGUAAUCCAAUUAUGCAGCCUGGGGUUUUCUGAGACAAUAUUUCUACCCAUGAGAGGAUCUUGACUUGGGUUGUGUUUGCAUUUGUGUUGUUUGACUAAACUGUAAAGAUCAGUACAGGCUACCAGUAAAUGGUAUUCACUGGA